AUGGCCGACUUGAAGACUGUUCCUAGUACAAAGGAUGAUUCUCUUCCUUUACCGGACACUGUAUCCGAUAUUGCUCAGGGGGUCAACAUGGAGCAAUAUAGGGCAACUGUCCCGCUUUGGAAGCGGAUAUGGCAGAACAGUUUGACGCAGAUGAUACUUCUGAGCAUUCAGGCGUUCUGUGGGCCAGCCAUGUCAGACGCGAUUAUAGGCCUCGGCGGCGGUGGUCUUGCCUCUCCUCGGGUGUCAAAUAUCUCGACGGCGAUUACAUAUGCCAUGCUUGCAGUCGUUUGCUUCUUGGGUGGUCCCCUCGUGAACAAAAUCGGUAUCAAGUGGGCUCUCAUUAUCGGCUCGAUGUCCUUCCCCAUCCAAGGGUCCGCGUACUACUGCAACAGCAAAUUUGGAAACGAAUGGUACCUCAUCCUCAGCGGUGCUAUUAGCGGUAUUGGGACCGCUUGCUGGUAUGUCGCCGAGGCUGGGGCCAUCAUGACGCUUGCACCUUCCGGUGCCCGUGGAAAAUAUCUGGCUUUAUGGAUUGUGUCGCGGAAUCUUGGACAGCUGGUUGGUGGUGCAAUCAACCUGCCAUUUGCAUUGUUAAUAACCCCCUUUGAACGCGUUGUCCGAUCUGACGGUACUCGAAUCGUCACCUCGGAGACCCUUUCUACCAAGAUGGAAGUAAAGCGCAUUGCGAAGACCAUGACGUCGAAACUCAUUGCAUUUUCUUCCCUUUGGGCACUGUGGUCAUUUUUCUACACCGGGACCUGGAACACCUACUUGGGAACCUAUUUCACCGUCCGCUCACGCGCCCUAUCGUCCCUCAUCUCGCCUUUAUUCUGCAUAAUCGGCUGCUUUGGCCUCGGUUUUAUCCUCGACAUGAAGGGCCUCAGCCAGCGCCGCCGCGCCCAGAUUGGCCUCUACACAGUCGUCAUCCUCAACUUCGGUGUGUACACCUGGUCCAUUAUUAUGCAGACCAAGUUCAACCGCCAUGAUCCCGGCGCUAUCGACUGGGAUGAUGGACUGUACGCUUCGUCCUUCCUGCCGUAUUUCUUCGUGCAGACUACGGGCCCGUUGUCGCAAUCGUACAUGUAUUGGCUCCUAUCAUCAUUUGCGACAGAUGCGCAGGAAAAUGUUCGUAACGGUGCUGCAUUCCGAUGCAUCGAGGCUAUUGGACAGGCUAUUGCCUACGGCAUGAACACUCAAACGACGAGUAACCCUCUGAUUGGAUUUGGCGUGACGUUUGGGCUACUCGGGGCUGCUCUUCUCCCUAUGAUUAUGCUUGUGAACACGACACCAGACCGCAUCCCUGCCGAUGUAGUGGCUGAGGAGCAGGCUGCCGCUCGAGAGAAGAUUAAUGACGUUUGA